AUGGCUACAGGAAUGGGAGUGGUUGCAGCUACUGUAUUGGGAAGGCUGCAGGGCAAGGUUGCAAUAGUUACAGGUGGGUCAAAAGGCAUUGGAGAAGCCACCGUUAGGCUCUUCUCAAAACAUGGAGCGAAAGUCAUAAUUGCAGAUGUUGCAGACGAUGCUGGCAUAAAAGUUACCGGAUCCCUUCCUGAAUCGGCGACAUUUAUUCACUGUGAUGUGAGCAAAGAGAAGGACGUGAGUGCAGCCGUGGAUUUUGCCAUGGAAAAACACGGCCAGCUAGAUAUAAUAUAUAACAACGCAGGAAUCGUUAACACCCAUAAAGGGAACAUCGCAGAUUAUGACAUGACACAAUUCGAAAAUGUUAUGAAUGUAAAUGUAAAAGGAGUAAUGCACGGCAUUAAGCACGCGGCUCGUGUUAUGAUCCCUCAGAAAAGGGGUUCUAUAAUCUCUACAUCUAGCGUUUUAGGUAUAUUAGGAGGCCAUAAUUUCUCUUAUACAGCCUCAAAGCACGCAGUUGUUGGGUUGACUAAAAAUGGGGCAGCUGAGCUGGGUAAAUAUGGUAUUAGGGUUAAUUGUAUUUCUCCUUUUGGGAUUGCCACAGAAAUGGCAAUGAGUGUCUUGCAGAGGGAAGUUUCAGAAGAGGAGAAAAACAAGGUCAAGGCGAGUAUUGAAGCCUUGUUUAGGGGUAUAGCCAAUUUAAAGGAAGCUACCCUUAAAGCAGAGGACAUUGCAGAGGCGGCAUUAUAUCUGGCGAGUGAGGAUUCAAAAUAUGUUAGCGGUCAUAAUCUAGUGGUUGAUGGGGGAGUAACAAUUGUAGACCACCAGGGCUUAAAAUUAUUGUAG